AUGGCCGAGAACGACAUCAACCGCGCCGUCGGCGACAUGAUGGACAAGCUCGAGCGCGCGACGUUCCGCCCGCUCCAGCGCAAGAGCUACGUCUGCGUCGUCAACUGCUUCGACAACAAGAACUGCAGCGCCGAGCAGCUCCAGCACUGCAUCGAUCGGUGCCAGGCGCCGAUGCAGCAGGUCCAGAACUACGUGAGCCAGGAAAUGCAGCAGUUCCAGAACCGCCUCCAGCGCGCGGCGCGCGAGUGCCAGGACAAGGCGCAGGACGACCUGCCGCGCAACCCGACCGAGUCGCAGAUCGCGGCUGCGCAGGCCUCCAUGGACGCGUGCGUCUCGGGCUGCGUUAAGAACCAGAUCAAGCUCCUCCCGUCGCUGAAGAACCGCAUCGAAGAAACAGUCGCGACGUUGGAGUAA